AUAUUGACAAUUGAAUAUUUUAGACCCAUGCAUCAUGUAUGUAGAGAAACUAUGCGUUAAUAAAGCAAAAGGGCUCAACAGGGCAGUGCCCAGAGAACAAGACUGAUUCUGGGACAUGUUUUGCACGCCAAUUUCGGCCUUUUUUUUUGUCUUAUAUCUCUUUCUUUUCCUUGAUUCUUUCAAUCCCGCUGUUUGGCGGAUUCCUCUGUUUUCCAACUCUCUUUCGUUGGCGAAUGAAUUCCCCUGUGCACAGGGAGCAGGUGUGGAAUUCUGCUUUUGGUGUUGAAAGAGGAAGAGAGGGCAGAACAGCAGAAGGAAACCACUGUUUUCAUGACUACAUGUAUGUCUAUUAAAAUCCUUUAAUUUUAGCCAACGUGGGAUUUCUGUGAUUUGAGUCAUGGCUGAUGACAAAUCAAGAUCUGUAAGGUUUCAAGAAGAUAUUGAGUUGUCCAAGUUGCCAAUAAUGAAUGGAGAUGGCGUAUUUAAGGUUAAGUACAAAAUUGAUGGAUCCCGGAUACACAAACCAAGCACCAAGAAGCCGGAUAUAAUGGUGCCUGAGAGGACCGGAAGAUCUUUGAGGGCUAAAGUUUUGUCAAGAGUCUUCUCUGAGGACUAUAAGACAGUGAACAAAAGGAUAUUGGAUCCUCGGGGACAAUCCAUUCGUCGAUGGAACAAGCUUUUCCUAGUGGCAUGUUUAGUGUCUUUGUUCGUAGAUCCUCUCUUCCUUUACUUGCCAAUGGUCAAGAUGGAUGCGUGCAUAGAUAUUGGAAUGCCCCUUGAAGUUAUCCUCACAGUAAUUCGAUCAAUAGCCGAUGUGUUUUACAUAAUUCAGAUUUUUGUUCGGUUUCGCACUGCUUAUAUUGCGCCUUCUUCUCGGGUAUUUGGGAGAGGAGAGCUUGUCAUAGACCCUUCAAAGAUUGCAUUAAGGUACCUGCGCAAGGGAUUUUGGAUUGACCUUAUUGCAGCCCUGCCACUUCCUCAAGUGUUAAUUUGGGCUACUAUUCCGAAUUUAAGUGGCUCGACAAUGACAAACACAAAGAAUGUGCUCCGAUUCAUUGUCAUAUUUCAGUACCUUCCGAGACUUUUUCUUAUUUUUCCACUCUCAGCCCAGAUUGUCAAGGCCUCUGGGGUUAUUACAGUAACAGCAUGGGCUGGGGCUGCUUAUAACCUUGUACUCUAUAUGUUGGCAAGCCAUGUUUUAGGAGCUUGCUGGUACCUUCUGUCAGUAGAGAGACAAGAAGCUUGCUGGAGAGCAGUGUGUGAUGCUGAUAAGUCGACUUGCUGGGAUGGGUUCUUCGAUUGUGACAGGGUAAAUGACUCCCAUAGGGAAGCAUGGAUCCAAUCCAGUAAUGUCACAAAUCUAUGUGAUCCAAGCAGUGGAUUUUAUGAAUUUGGUAUAUUUGGUGAUGCAUCGACAUACGGCGUCACAUCCUCAGGGUUCUUCAACAAGUACUUUUACUGUCUUUGGUGGGGCUUGAAGAACUUGAGCUCUUUAGGACAAGGUCUUUCCACGAGCACAUACAUUAGCGAAAUCAUUUUCGCCAUUGUAAUUGCUACUCUUGGGUUGGUUCUUUUUGCUUUGCUCAUUGGGAAUAUGCAGACAUACCUACAAUCCACAACAGUUCGAUUAGAAGAAUGGAGAAUCAAGAGGACAGACACAGAACAAUGGAUGCGUCACCGGCAGCUACCUCCAGAACUAAAGCAGUCAGUACGGAAAUAUGAUCAAUAUAAGUGGGUGGCUACUCGAGGAGUUGAUGAGGAAUCGCUCCUCAAAGGGCUUCCUAUGGAUCUCCGUAGAGACAUAAAGCGCCACCUUUGCCUUGAUCUUGUUCGACGAGUUCCUCUUUUUGAUCAAAUGGACGAGCGGAUGCUGGACGCAAUAUGCGAGAGGCUUAAACCGGCUUUAUGCACUGAAGGCACGUUCCUAGUGCGCGAAGGUGACCCUGUCAACGAAAUGCUCUUCAUAAUCCGCGGCCACCUUGAUUCAUACACGACAAAUGGCGGUCGCACAGGGUUCUUCAACUCGUGCCGCAUUGGCCCUGGUGACUUCUGUGGGGAAGAACUUCUUACAUGGGCUCUCGAGCCACGCCCAAGUAUCAUCCUUCCAUCAUCCACUCGCACAGUGAAGGCCAUUUCUGAAGUAGAGGCAUUUGCUCUCAGAGCAGAGGACUUGAAGUUUGUAGCUUCACAGUUCCGGAGACUACACAGCAAGCAGCUCAGGCACAAGUUCCGGUUUUAUUCACACCAAUGGCGAACAUGGGCUGCCUGUUUCAUACAAGCAGCGUGGCGCCGUCACAAAAAACGGAAGGGUGCUGCUAUGCUGCAGGCGAGGAAGAAUCCAUCGUUCAAACUAUCAGACGCGGCUAUGGCCCAACCAGAUUCAGGCUUUGCGGCAUAUGCAGCAAGCAGGAGGGGUGGUAGCAAGCAUUUGGGUUCGGAUACUGGCGGUGUUAGCUCAUUGCAGAAGCCAGAUGAACCCGAUUUUUCAGUGGACGAGGAAUGAAUUCACAGUAUGAGGCAAUUGGUGGGUGUACAAGAGCGAAGGUGUUUGUGUAUAUUUUCUUUUUUUAUUUUAGAAUCUUAGGCUACAAGAGUGGAGGCCGCCUCAAAAUUAUUGUUUCAUUUUAUCUAUACAGAUUGUUAGACAUCAGGAAUCUCUUUCGUGCAUUGAGGAAUCAUUGUUUUA